AUGUCUGCUUACAGCCCCAGCGGUGUGCGUUGCGGGAGUACUGGCUACAGUGAGAGUCGGUUCGGAGGUUCAGUUAAUGCGCUCGAUCUUCUCCAAUGGCAGUGCAACUCCUCGUCCUUCGAAAAUGGCAGCCCGUUUCAACACGCGGUCUCGGAUCGUUCGCAAAAAAAUCACAUCCGAGAGAACAUUCGUCGUCUCCGACGGAUGCAAGCCACGCCGUCGGCGAAACGCGCACCGUACAAUGCCUCUUUCAUCCCGACUACGCAACUGUAUCAAGUUAGCCCCGCAAGUCAACAUGUCGUGGACACUUUACCGCCGAGACCCAAUACCACAAUGCCGCGAUACUCUCAACCUACUUCCGUGGAACCACCAAUACCUGGAGCAAAAACCACAAGCACAGAUACCACAAGCGCUCCAUGGCCGGUUGAUUAUUGCGGGUCAUCUCAUGAAGAGUAUUCAUCCCAAGAAUUCAGUGCAGAGGGUCUUCGCUUAAAUAAACCAGAUCAUGUUCCGCCGCGAUUCGUUGAUCGGCCAUCCUCUCCGAUAAGACAAAACAGUUAUAGCCGCGAAUCCAUCGGUGUACAAUGUCACGAGACUCGUCCCUCGUCCGAUUCAACCAACUCACUGCCACGCCAUAUGGUCAGGUUGUCCAAAGGUGUUCAAGUGAUGCCAGCCACUGGUUAUUCACCGCCUCGUGGUCAACAUACCGAUCCGGUGAGUGUCGAAGCAAAUCAAGCACUGGAGAAGUUGGGGCGAGACAGAAUCAGAACAGUCAGUGAAGAUGCAAAUCAGCCAUCACGUUCAGCCUCAGCUGGUCCCUGUCGACGUGGUUAUAUGCGCGCGCAUGCAAAGACGGUCAAUGGAGAGUGGAAUCUGAAAAUACUAGGCACUUUGCCUCUUCGACGAAUCAGCCGGUCUCCCAGACCAGAACGACUGACCGUUCCGAAAGCCAGUUCAGCCAAAUCCGUAGGCUCAAUGAAUGAAUAUGAGUCUGCAGUUCAGUUUAUUCGACGCGAUAUCAACUAUGUCCGCGCAAAUGCUCACCUAGCCACAGUAAAACCUCCGCGAGCGAUACGGAUAAGUUCGGCUACGAACAGUCGUGCAAAUACACCUCAGCCGCUGGAUGACCCCCGAACGUCUGUACCAUCACGGCCUGGUUCUGGUCCAGGAGGAGAUGCACGCAAGCUGAUGUGGCCUCAGCGACGAUUGCCAGUCGGUUCCUUACCAACCUACCUGGUCCGAAGACGUCAGGAACAGCGUGAAGCGGCUGCUCAAGCGGCAGCUAAUCAACCGGACCCAGAUCAACCACCAGGCCACCAGAAAAUGCCCGAAGUCGAACGAAGAAACACAUUGGACUUGCUACAGAAA